GUAAGUUUUAUAACACUAAACUUUACUGACUAAUAUCUUUUUAUAUUGUGAGUGACAAUGUUAAUAUCAAUUUGGUAUAAAUAUAAAAUUGUGGAAAGGUUCUUUCUUUGAAUAAUGGUUAAUAAGAUUGUGACAGGAUACUUCUCUUACUCUUCCCUAAACCAAAGCAUACAUGAUUAGUCAAAACUGUAAGCUUAUAUAGACUGUAAGCUUAUACAGACUAACAACACUAACUAAUAUAAGCAUGGAUCAAGUUCAUAAUCCUAUGUUGAACAAACUUUUAACUUCAAGAAGUGCUUGUGGUAACUUAUUUUCAAAUCUCUAAUUUAGCAUCUCAGGCCAUGUCAGGUUCUAUAACAAACCUAAUGUUCAGUCAUAAUCCUAUGUUCUCUAUAUACAGUGUGCCUGCAAGUUUGUGUGUGUAGGCUAGACCUUAGUACACGGAGAUAAAAUAAAGGACAAUUAAAUUAACAGUGAUGGUGUACUCUAUAUGUGACUAAUUGGUUUUAAAUCAAAAUUAAAAUAUAGGAUAUAUACAUUGGGUUGAUGAUUGAUCUAUGCCAUAGGUUUGAUCCAAAUAAAAAAUGAAAAUAGUGUGAUAAGAGUGUAAGCUAUCUUCUUUGAUGAUAUCAAUGCACAUGAAAACAUUUUGAACUUCCAUGAAGUACAUAACUUUCUCCCAAUUUUUGAGGUCUUCUAUGAUGGUUGUUUGUCUCUUCUUCAGUGAUCUUGGAAAUGCAG